AUGAGUCGGUUAAUUGAUAGUGAGCCGAAUACGCGGGUGAAGCCCAUGCGGGUGUUGUGUAUGGGGAUGGCACGGACGGGGACGAGUUCAAUGACCAUCGCCCUCCGCAAACUCGGCCUAAACCCCUACCACGGCUCGGAAUGCUUCAAAACCCCACCCCGCGACUUCAACCUCUGGAUCGAAGCCCUACAAUGCAACUUCUUCAACCCCGGCGACAAAAAGCCCUACGGCCGCGAAGAAUUCGACCGCCUCCUCGGGCCCUACGACGCCUGUCUGGAUGUCCCAGCAUGCCUGUUCUGGGCGGAUCUACACCGUGCAUACCCAGAUGCGAAAAUCAUCCUGACAAAGCGCGACGUGGACUCGUGGGUGAAAUCGGCCAAUAGGACUGUGUUUAAGUUCGUGCAGAUGCCGUUUUUCAGGUUCUGGCAGUACGUCGAUUCAACGUGUAUCGGGCCGUUGUAUCAGACGUCAGACCUUGUGUGGAGGACUUUCUGUAACGGGGAUUUUCGCGAGGAGGUCACGAAGGAGAAGUAUUUGGAGCAUUAUGAGAAGAUUCGGAGUGCGAUUCCGAGGGAGCAGUUGUUGGAGUUUGAGAUUGGGAAGGAUGGGUGGGAGGAGUUGUGUGGGUUUUUGGGGGAGGAGGUGCCGGAUGAGCCGUGGCCGAGGGCGUAUCCGACGGCGGAGUUUCAGGAGCAUAUUGAG